CUCAUUAAAAACAAGCAGUCAAACGCAAUCGUAUUCGUUCUCUGAGACUCUGACAGUUGUAGCUGUCAGUUAUUUCUUUCAUCCUUCUUCUCGUUUCUGUUUCCCGUUUACAGUUAAAUUGUGGUCAAUUGUGAAAAUAGACAUAGCAACCGCUUUCACUUGUUGGAUGACACAUUUUUUGGUUGUAAUUUUAUAGAAUAAUAUCAAUAGUUACGCAUUUUGUCCUCGUUUACUGGAUAAAGAUUAAGUCAGUAGUAGAUAAAGACCCAUAUUUCAGCGAAAAACGCACAGUUAUCAAAAUUACUGGCUGCCGUAACUCAUGGUUAUUUACUUUGAAAUAAUUCAAGUUCUCAAUCAACACUUAAUCAAUGUUCCAUGCUGGUAUAAUUUAAGAAGUUGUAACGUUUCUCUCACAAUGGGGUGUUUUAAAUCCAUGUCUAGUUUCCUUUUUUGGUAUGAAACUCCCAAAGUUGUGCACAUCCGAAGUAAAAAAGUUGGUAUCCUGGGAAGAUUUUUGCAGCUCUGUGUGCUGUCAUACAUUGUUGGAUAUGUUAUGGUGUAUAAAAAAGGCUAUCAAGAAUUUUGUAGUGUUGAGAGUGCAGUUGUGACCAAAGUCAAAGGUGUCGCAUUCACCAAUACCCAGAGAAAUGUUCCUGAAAUAUACAAAAGAAUUUGGGAUACAUCAGAUUUAAUUGUUCCUCCAUCCGAAAAUGAUGCAUUUUUUGUUACAACAAAUAUCAUAAUUACACCGAAUCAAACUAGGAGAACCUGCAGUGAGGACCCAGGUGUGCAUGGGGCCUUGUGCAAUACGCCUUCCCAGUGCCAUGAAGGACAUUCCUUACCAAUUGGAAACGGAGCUAUGACAGGUCGCUGCGUUCCUAGUGAUGUUAAUUCAAGCGUAAAUGUUUGCGAAAUAUUUGCUUGGUGUCCGAUAGAACAAGAUGUUUUCCCAUUGGGAUUAGAUCGGCCUUUACUUGAAGAAACUGCAGAUUUUACUGUUCUGAUAAAAAAUUUUAUUGAAUUUCCAAUGUUUGGUAAAACAUUCCGCCGGAGGAACAUCCUGCAAGAUGCCAACAAAACGUAUCUUCAGACUUGUCAUUAUCACCCAGAAAGAGAUCCGUUCUGUCCAGUCUUUCGAAUCGACGAUAUAGUUUCAUUCGCUGGUGAAAAUUUUACGCAGCUUGCCGUGCGUGGAGGAGUUAUUGUCAUUUCCAUAGAGUGGAAUUGUAAUCUAGAUCUAGAUUUUAUGGAACUGUGUAAACCGAUUUACACUUUCAGAAGAGUUGAUGAUCCCAACACUAAUAUCGCCCCUGGUUGGAAUUUUAGGUACGCCAAUUAUCACGAGGAGAAUCGCCGCACGCUAAUCAAAGCUUACGGUAUUCGUUUCGUUAUUGAGGUCAGAGGACAAGGUGGAAAAUUUAACAUACUUCCAACGUUGUUGAAUAUUGGAUCUGGACUUGCUCUUCUUGGAGUGACAACGGUGAUGUGUGACUUCAUCAUCUUAUAUUUUACGAAAAACCGAACGUUUUACAAAGGAGUGAAAUACUUAUUGGUCGACGGAGAAGACGCAGAGAAAGAACCACUUCAAUCAGAAUCAGGUUUAACUUAUGGAAGCGACAGAAAUCAAUAGCCUUACAAGUAAUUUCAGUGAACCAUACUAUAGAAUUUUGAAAUAUUCGAUAUUGUGCCUAGUCAGAAGUGCAUUCCUUGACAGAAAUCUAAAUUGAACCGAUUUUUAAAACACAAUUUUUUAAUACAAAGGCUAAACUCAA